AAUUUGAGCAUGUAGCGUUUUAGCUCCAUUCACACCCAUUCACUGAGGAAUCAUUCGCUGGCUCCCUUUAGCGGUGAGGUUAUUUUCUGAUAUAACGAGGGAAUAGAAAGUGGGCGGGCUCCCGUAACCCGGCUCUGUGGCCUCUACAUAAGCGAGCGUGGUGAAGCGGCGGCACUGCCUGUGUGGAUAUAUAAAUACUUUUAAAUAAUGCAAUAAAUGAGUUUAAACGCAUUAUAAACUUACCAGAACUAGCUAUAACAUUUAAAGUCUCCAAAUCUGCCUAAAAUACAAGCUUGAGAAUUUCUGCACAGUUUAUUUCGAUUUGUAAACUCAGAAUAAGGGAGUUUUCUGUUCAGGCGUUCUCACAGGAAGUUCAUAAUCUCACACAUGGAGAAUCAGGCGGCUGGCUGUUUGUGUUUAAGUGGAAGGUGGAUGAUAUUUGAGUUAUUUUUAAACAGAAAUAGUGUAAAAACACGGCAUUUCUGUAUAACGUUAACUGUUUAGUAUAUGUAGAUAGGUAUUUAUACUUCUAUCAGCUCAUUUCUUUGUUUAUGAGCGCCGUUAACUACUAACAUAGCAGAGUCUUAAUGUGUACACUGAGUAAAUACUGUAGGUCAGGUUAGAAAGGGUAGGAUAAUUAGAUUUUUUAAAAUUAUUUUGAAGCAGGAGAGAUAAGAGUAAGGAUGAGCUCGUCCAUGGUUGUACCCGUUAUAGACGUGCAAAAUGACAAUUUUAAGGAGCUGUGGCCGUCGAUGGUGCUCGCCUUUAAAACAGCCACUUUCACUGCUUUGGACACGGAGCUGAGUGGUCUUGGAGCGAGGAAAGCUCUUCUAGCAGAGUCGGUUGAAGAUCGGUAUAAAUCGAUAUGUCAUGCUGCUCGUACCCGCUCUAUACUGUCUCUGGGGAUUGCCUGCUAUAAAAAGCUUGAUGAUAAAGCAGACAGUACGUACCUGGUACAGGUGUAUAAUCUGACGCUGUUGUGCUCAGAGGAGUACAUCAUUGAGCCUCAGUCUGUGCAGUUCCUUGUACAGCAUGGGUUCGACUUCAACAAGCAGUAUGCUCAAGGUGUUCCUUAUAACAAGGGCAAUGAUAAGGGAGCAGAUGCCCAUGGAGUAAAUUUGCGCACUCUGUUUGUGGAACUCCUGAGGGCCAACAAGCCUCUGGUGGUCCAUAACGGCCUGAUCGAUAUGGUGUUCCUGUACCAAUGCUUUUACGCCCAUCUGCCAGAGAAGCUGGGAACGUUUAUAGCAGACCUGUCGCAGAUGUUCCCUGCUGGCAUCUACGACACCAAGUACGCCACAGAGUAUGAGCUGCGCCUCACUGCAUCAUACUUGGAAUAUGCCUAUAAAAAGUGCAAGUUGGACAACGCCAGAUCUGUCGAGGCGGGUUCUGAUGGGUCGCGUUUGUUCCUGGAGUUUUAUAACUACACUGGGCACCUGCAGAGAUACGUGGACUACAGGCCUUGCUUAGACAACCAGAGCCAUGGUGGCACCCCGGACAUCUGCAUCCAGUUCUCUGCUUAUGGAUGGUGUCCCAAUGGCACUCAGUGCCCCCUGUCCCACGACACUGACCUCAUCAUUCAGCAGGACGAGAAAACCAAAGAGGACAAGAGGAAAAAACGCAAGCGCAGGAAGAAACAGAAGCUGGCCCAGGAAGUGCAGGAGCAUGGCUCGCCCAAUGAGAAGAAGGCUCACCUGGAGGACAUGGAGCAGGAGCAAGAGGUGCAGGAUGAUCAAGAGGUCACUGAUACUGUGAUAGCCGAAUCAGUGCACCAGACUGGUGGAGAGGAGGUACAAGCUUCCUGCACUACUGAUCCCAGCCAGACAGACCAGGCCAAGAAUGGAAAUGGAGGUUCAGUUCCAGCUGACGGCAAAAACACACAGCAGACGUCUAAAUGCCCAACUGGAGAGAGAGAGAGGAAGGCAGAGGGAGGAACUCACAGAGCAGGUUUUGAUGCCUUCAUGACUGGGUACAUUUUUGCUUUUGCCAGCAUUCUGAAGUCAGAAGAAUCUUCCACACAGCCUGGAAUACCAGGAUGUGCAAACAAACUGUAUCUGAGCGGCAAAUCUGUUCCACUUCACAUAGUCAAAAGCACCUUCUCCAAAUCUUCCAAGGCUCACGUGCACAAGAUGGAGCAAGUGUGGGGGAAAAGACCCUGUGAUAAAACUACAGUCAAAUCAGAAGGAACUGCGUAAUUUUUGUUUCUUUUUAAAUAAAGGAGAAAAUUUGAUUUAUCAA